AAACGGCAUAACCCAGCUACUUUCCCUAUAUGUUGCAGUUACACAACGUGACUUGCUCUUAUUUGUGUGUGUGUCUUUCCUACACAAGAAAGCAUUGUGUGCAUGUGUUUUUGAACCACCUAAGGAUACACUACAAAUGAUUGAAUGUAGUAAAACUACGGUAUGUUGUCUCCCUUUCAGGCCUCUGACAAUAUGUAAGUCUGCCCCAAGACGCAACACUUUUUUCCUGAGGCUUGUUUAAGAAUAAAUGGACUGAAACCAGGUAACCACCAGGUGUUCUGUCCGACAAUCCCAUCAUAUUUGAAAUAGAAACUGUGAUUAAACUGUGGGAAGCAUUUUGAUUAAUGGUCAACAAUUGAACCACGAUCUCCAGAAUAAAAUUGUUCUGUCCGAGUCAACUGUUUGCCCGCAAAUUUGCCCAGUUUUGAUUGGCGAGAUUAUAUAUUUUCAAAAUGGUGAUUAAGCUAAAACAAUUGGUUUCUAAUAGGCUUUAUUAAAAACUAAUGGAUCAUGUGACCACUGACUCAAAUAAGCCCAUCAACUUUCCUAGUAUUUAAAAAAGUAAUCUACACCUGCAUGAAUACAUUUAACUAUCAAUAAUAAACGUAAGAUUAGCUCCACAGGCUUCCAGGAUUUGUGGUUCUCUGACCACGCAGAGGUCUGGAUAACACUCAUCUGUUGACCUCUAUGACGGCUUUCAGUAUAAACCCCUCCCCCCUGUUCUGUUUGUUUUUUGAUGAUAAAAAUGGGCAAACAGCGGAGAGUCCAUGUUCUGGCAUAGGCAGGUCAAGCACCACCGUCAGUCUAAGCUGCAACUACGCAAACUUUUUUUCUCUGCAAACGUGAAGUUCGAGGAGGAAGAUGAUGAGCUGAAGGGGGUUGGAUCCUCCACGGCCUCACUGACCCCACAAGACGGUCCUCUCCUGUGAGUCAGUCCUGAGGUUGCCCUGCUGAUGGAGUUUAAAACAGAUUCCCAGUGCUCUUUGUUACCAUGGAAACGCUACAUCCACCUGACCCUACUGAUGGUUCAGAUGAAUUUGCCUGAAGUGGGAUCCUCCUGCCAUAUCCUGAAGUGUAACUCAGACUUUGUGGCUGCAAAGUUGGACCUGGGGAGCAGCAGUAGUGGAGGGGCAGUAGGAGAAGCUCUGCCCAGCAGGGAGGCGGUGAAUGCCGGUUACUGCAGCGCCCUGCGCUCCUACACGCUGUGCACCAAGCGGAUGGCUCGGCCGUGCCGGGGUGACCUGGCAUACCAUGCUGCGGUGCAGGGCAUUGAGGACCUGCUGAUUCAGCAUCGUUGCCCCCGGGUGGGGCCCACGGCCCAGCCACGGCCCCUACCUCAAGGCACGCUGUCAGGAAACACCUGUCUGUAUGAGAGGAGCUUCUUUAACAGGAAGGGCCAAAUGCCAGAGUACCUGCACUGCGCCAUCUUUGGGGACCCCCAUAUUCGUACUUUUAACAACGAAUUCCAGACAUGUGCAGUACAGGGGGCGUGGCCUGUCAUUGACAACGAGUACUUGUAUGUGCAGGCAACCAGUUCACCAGCAAAGGAGGGGUUGUACCCCACAAUCCUCACCAAGAUCACCAUAAUCUUCAAGAACUGGCGCCAGUGCAUUGACCAGCAGCUCUACCAGGCGGAACUGGAUAACGUUCCCGCUGCCUUCGCUGACGGCUCUGUGUGGAGCGGCGAGCGGUGGGGUCACCGCAGUCUCUCGGUGCAGACGCAGAAUCCCGGCCAGCACGCUGAGAUCUGGGCGGCACACAUUGCCACGCUGCUGGUGGUGCGCCAGAACGGCGGUUCUCUCAGCUUGUCUGUCCGGUCGCCCCGCAGCGUGGUGGAGGCCUUUGAGCCAGAGCAUGACCUGCAGCUGUGUGUGUGGGGCUGUCCCGCCUCCCAGAGGGUCAGCAUGCUACGCCCGCCCCCUCCUGAAUCUGUGGUGUCUCUAGCAUCUGCCCAUUGCGGGGCACUACUCCCCACCCAAGACAUCUACUACAAGGCCUGUGUUUUUGACCUGAUCACCAGCGGUGACCUGAACUCCAGCCUGGCUGCCGUCAGGGCCCUGCAGGACGCUCGCACUAUGAUCCCUGACAGGGAGGGGCUUCAUCUACAUCCUGUAACUGCUGCAGCUCAAGCACUGCCGCGCCUCUCACUGAUGCUGCUGCUCGUCCUGCUGGGACCUCUGAGCCAGACCUGACACGACAGGAAGUGACCUCAGAGACUUUAACACAGUUUUGGUUCGGCACACAAAGAUCCAACACCAGCAACAGAACAGCUGUGGAACCGAUGCAGAACAAAAACGAGUUGGGUCAAACGUUUUGGAGAUGGGGACCAGCAGGCUCCACCUACUUUUAUUGAAGCAUCUGAUUGGUCAGUUUAUAACUUGAAAAAAAAGGUAUCAGAUCCAGAACGGUUCUUCUGACCAAAAGAAUGAAUGAGGAACAGCUGGUAAUUUCUCUAUAGAAGUCUGUGGGAUUUUGGCUUCUUGGAGACAGCAGGUACUUUCUGUUUGAAAUGCCAGGGGGGCGGGGUCACUCAGUCUAGUUCUCUCAUACAGUCAAUGGCAAAAAAGGUGCAAACUAUUAUGGCUACUUUCACACCGCAGGCUGAUACAACCCAAUUCUGUUUUUUUUGUCCCUAUGUGACCUGUAUCUGAUCUUUUUAUGACAGUCUGAGUGACACAGAUCCGAUCUUUUCAAAUGUGACCUCCGUCUGUUUGGCCAGGCCACGUGUUUCCAAUCCGUACGUCAUUGAUACACUGCAAACGUCAUCAUUCUGUGUUGAAGUAAGCAUGAACGAGAACAUAGACAUGAACCAUGGCGGACGAUGCUGCUGAGACCAGUCAGUGGAAGGGAAGCGAGGUCACCGACUGGAUUCAUGUUUGGGGUGACAGCUCUAUUCAGGCCAAA